AUGGCAGGAGAAGCAUUUUUUUUUGAGGAUUCACAAGUGAUUGUACAAUGUCAAUUAGAAAAGCAGGGAUUACAUCGAAAGAAAAAUAAACAUCGAGGCUAAGGGCCGCCCUCGCCCAGAGAUGAGCUGCCGCUGUUUUUCGAUUCCCUCUUGAGAUACAGAAGCUUUAAUCCGUGUAAAACGUGGGAGAUAGGACUUCAUUUCCCUGAAGAGUUGACCAGGAUCGGUCAUCCCACUAUGCCAAAGUGUACAAACAACUUGACAGUCGGUCUAAUCACCACUUGGGCGAACCGCUUUGACAUUGCAAGUAGCAUACCGUCCAUGCAAGCCAAGGUUUCAAUUACCAGAGGCUCUCCAGCAGCAUAAUACUUGGACAUUGCAAGUAGCAUAGCGUCCUGGCUUGCAGAAGUAGCACCGUCAGCAUUAAUUUUUAUCCAUCCAUCUUCUGCCGGCUUCCAGAUAAGUUCCAAAACUGUUUCCACCCGCACAGCAGGCGCCGGGACGCCCAUUGUAAUCGCUGUUUUGUCCCUCCACAAGGAGGUCGGGUCCAGGAUACCUCUAGACGGACUGAGAUCCAGUGCCUCGCCUCUGUCAAGGCACGACGCGCCUUGAGGCCUGGAAUCCAACGUCCAAUGUGCAUCCAACGGCUAUCCAGAGUCAAUGCGGAAACUACCAGGCCUCCACUCGUCCCCGUCCUCGAUUCCUCACGCGCGAGGCAAAAUAAACCGCGGGAAGAAAGCUUCGCGGGCGGGAACUCGCUCUGCCGCCGUCGCCGCCGUGGGGAGGGAGGCAUGGGAGCUCCCGCGGCGGCCACCGGAUAAACGGCCUCCGCUCGUCUCUGACGGCGCCCUCGCUCCCUUGCGACUCUUCCUCGUCCCGCUGUGCUGGCAGCUGUCCGUCGCGACCGGCCACCUCUGUCUGCUCCCUCCGCCCUCAUCCGGCGGCUCGCUUCACCCACCUCUGGCUGCUCCCUCCGCCCGCAUCCAGCGGCUCGCUCCGCCCCCUCCAACGCUCGUCGGCCACGGCGCCUCCCCGUGCAGCAGAAAACUGAACGCCAACUUCAGUUCAGACUCCAACAGACAAACAGAAUUCUUGUGCUGAUUGAGAUGAUGUGUUACGCAAUUUGAUUAUUGUGCUAUGCAAUUGUGAGUGGUGUGCAUUUGCAAGAAUUGUGCAAUGGGAGAAAUUGACAAGGGGAUGCCUCAAAUUGGCAUGAGGUUUAGAAAUCCGGAUGAAGCUUGGCUGUUUUGGGUUGCAUAUGGGGGUCGCGUUGGGUUUGAUCUGAGGAAGAGAAACAAACAUGUAAGCAAGAUGGAUGGUCAAGUGACUUCAUGCACACUUGUUUAUUCGAAUGAGGGUAUACGAAAGAAAAUCAUAACAAUGGAUCACGAGUUAAAUCGUGUUAGAGCUGAAACAAGAACAAACUGCAAAGCUCGCAUGACUAUAUCACUUGAU